AUGGAUAGGGUCAUUGCUUUUGUGUAUUCUAGAGGUAGAGUUUUCAAUGGCAAUCAAGGUGUCAUUUUUGAAGGUCAAACAAGGUCCAUGCAUCUUAAAUGCAACAUCACAUUCGACCGCUUGAAGAGUAAAAUCCAUGAGAGGUUGAAGCUCCAAAGAAACCAAAUAAUUUCUAGAGUCAUUUGCAGAUUUAUGACUAACUCAAAUCCGAUCUUUUUUUCACCUCUUGAGCUAGUUGAUAAUCAAGACGUGAGUGUCAUGAUGGAUGGAUUUCGUCAACAGUCUUUCAUGACAACGCUAGAGUUAUACGUUGAUAUUGCUGAAGCUGGAAGUUCAUCAAUACCGGCCUCAACCAAUCCGAUAAGUGCGCAGCAGACAUUCGCUCAUGAAGUCGGUGGUAGCCGUGGCGUUGAGGAGGUUGUUCAUUUGGGUGAUGACACAGUGAAUUUGGAUGAUGAUUAUGACUACCAUGACACUGAUAAUGUGGAUGGUGAGGAGAUUGUAUCUUCAGAUGAUCAUGAUGAAGAUGAAAGAUUGGGUGACAGAGGUGACUCGUCUGACUCGGACGAGGGUGGCUUUGACGGCAAUCCCGGACCUCCUAUUGGAUUACCGACGCCGGUGAAUGUUUCUCCCGAAACGCAUGGCGUCCCAACCCCAUUUUGGAAUGAGUCUCCACACUAUUCAUAUAUUAACUGGGAACACCCCGAUGAAGAGACAGAUUUCUAUACUGGCGGGGAUGAUCAGACAUCGUGGCAGCUAGAUAUGGUACGUACCCAUCCUAUUGUACCUGUUUCUCUUAUUCAAGAGAGGAUCACUGGUGUGCUCAAGUAUAAAGUAUCAUACUUUAAAGCCUGGAAAGCGAAGCAGAGAACGGUUGCACAGAUCUUUGGUGACUGGGAAGAGUCAUAUGACUUGCUCCCUAGAUGGCUGAAUUAUAUGCUUCGGUUUUCCCCUGGGUCCUAUUACGCAAUAUCCACAAGUGACAUUAUCGACUGUAAUGGUAAUGUAGUUGUUGGUUCAAAGACAUUUAAACGUAUGUUUUGGACCUUCAAACAAUGUUGUGAUGCUUUCGAGUACUGCAAGCCUGUGAUACAGAUUGAUGGGACAUGGCUCUACGACAAGUAUAGUGGAACUUUACUCAUCGCAACAACACAGGACGGGAACAACAAUGUUUUGCCAAUUGCAUUUGCAAUUGUCGAGGGGGAAAAUCUGAGCUCCUGGUCAUGGUUUUUACGCUUGAUACGUAUGAAGGUCACCCAAAAACAGGGUAUAUGUUUGAUAUCUGACAGACACGCUGGCAUCAAGGCGGCAGUACGCAAUCCCGCUAACGGGUGGCAACCACCAAAUGCUUAUCAUGUUUACUGCAUCCGCCACAUUGCCAGCAAUUUUAAUCGUACAUUCAAGAAUCAGAAGCACAAGCUUGACCUGAUCAAUAUGGGUUACGAGCCUUGUCCAUAUCUUUUUCAGAGACAACUCCGCCGGUUUCGAGGAAUAAGUCCAGCUAUCAGAGAUUGGAUUGACCGCAUCGACAAUCAGACAUGGAGUCGAGCAUGCGAUGAGGGUGGGCGUCGAUACGGCCAUAUGACAACAAACUUAUUUGAGGCCGUUAACAAAGUGUUGAAGGGUGCAAGAAACAUGCCUAUAACUGCAUUGGUGAAAUGCACGUACGGGAGGAUGGUGGAUUACUUUGUUCAGAGAGGUCAGGCAGCAGCUCGUGAAAAGGCCGCUGGCCACAUAUUCGGUAAAAAGGUCAUUGUAGCCAUAGAAAAGAAUGUUCUACUCGCAAGUGCUCAUAUCGUGCGCACGUACAGCAUCGAUAGGACAAGGUUUGAGGUGGAGGAAGGUUUUAACCAGCGAAGGCAUCGCAAUGGGUAUGUAUGGUCUCUGCGGUUGGACAAUAGAACAUGUGAAUGUGGGCGCUUUCAAACAUUCAAGUAUCCAUGUGACCACGCAAUUGCUGCAUGUAUGCAUCAAAGUUUAGACUAUUGGAGUUUGGUGGACCCUGUUUAUACGCUUCAGAGCAUAUUGGACGCGUAUCAAGGACAGUGGUAUCCCAUUGGCAAUGAUCUGAACAUGCCACCAAGGGAAGGGGAUCGAAUUGUUCCAGAUCCGUCCACGGCUAGGGCGAAGGGUCGUCCUAGGUCAACUCGAAUAAGAAAUGAGAUGGACUUGACGGAGCCUCAAUCGAGUCGAAGAUCUGUUUCGCUACAGAGAUAG